UUCCAGCGCUGCCUGUCGCGUAUCGGAUUACUUGCUAUUUCGUCCUCACACCUGUCACUGCUCCCGACAGAAAUUAUUGAGCUAUGAGCGCUAGUGUAAUUAAGAAGUCACCGGACAAUAGGCUCAGGAACAAAAGAGAACGAUGGAUGAAAUCAUGCUCCCUCAUUCUGGGAGUGACGAAAGAUAAAAUGAGAUCUCAUUGGGGUGAGUUCUGCAGUGUGACUCCUAUCCAUGGUGUGAGGUACCUAAGUGAACCGAAGCGGCCUCUGGUAGAGAAGAUAUGGUGGCUAUUUGUUGUACUCCUCAGUAUGGCGUUCGCUGGCAUAAAUGCGUGGCAGCAAUAUAAGAAACUGAUCAACAGCCCUAUCACAGAAAUUCCCGAAGGAAACUGCGGAAAUCUUUCCAUGAUACCGUUUCCAGCCGUUACCAUUUGUGACAACAGGAAGUCCUAUUUCCUUGCACAAGUACCUGGUGAAGACGAUUCGACAAGGCCUUUCAGAGAGGCCAAGCUGUUGAUCUGUGGUGAUCCUCAUCCACUCUCUGAAGAAACAGACAUGGAGAAAUUGCUAGAGAUGUCCCCUCCAUUGGACCAAAGUUGUGAUUUAUGCAAUGCUUUUUCGAAGAAAACCUGGACCAAUUGCACGGCUAUGUUCAAGCGUAUAGUAACCGAUGUCGGGGUAUGUCAGACCUUCAACAUGUUUUCACCAUCCGAAAUCUUUACCGAAGGCACUGAAAUCGAAUACGAGGAACAUAACAAGAGUUCAGAUUGGAUGCCCGAAGAAAGCGCCUACACCGAAAAGACGCUUCCAGUGAACAAGAAUGGACAGGGUUUCUCUUCGCCCUACCCCCGAAGAGCGGAGAAUCAACUCACCGUGACUCUCUUCAACCAACUCCCGUCCGGAGCUUUCGAGGCACUCUUCUGCGAUAGCUCUGAUCCCCUGGGAUUCAAGAUAAUUCUCCAUAGCCCGCAUGAAGUUCCAAUGGUCGGUCAUAGAAGGGACAUUCGGAGCCUAACAGAAUUCAACGAAACCAGCAUAGGACAGUACUUUUUAUUGCCGAUGGAACGUAAGCUUGAACUGGUCGUGGAGCCGAAGCUGGUCAAAGCUGACGAAGAACUGAGGCAGUUUCCGGCCGAGCACCGGGGCUGCUACUUCCCAGAAGAAAGAGAGCUUUUCUUCUUCCGGCACUAUUCGUACUCCAACUGCCAGCUAGAGUGCGUCGCCAACCUGACCCUCAGCGAGUGCCUCUGUGCCGACUACUACAUGCCCAGAGUAAAAGAGACGAAGCUGUGCGACAGAUCUCACCUAGGAUGCAUCUUGUCAGUCUUAGACGACUGGAAAAGGCGAGGAGGAAAGAAUUGUAACUGUUUGAACUCGUGCAGCCAAAUCGAGUACCAUGCCAAAGCUUGGUACAGCUACUCUCCAGAUAAAGGUGAAAUGGUGUGGAACGACAGCAGCCUAUCAGUAGUGAUGAGAGACAAGCUUUUCUUCAUGACGGAGAGGAAGCCCAUCUACACCAAAGUGGACUUCUAUUCUGACUGCGGAGGUCUCCUGGGCCUGUUUUGUGGACUGAGCUUCCUCAGCAUGAUGGAGAUGGUGUAUCAUGGUUCCCUGAGGGUUCUUUUCACCUUCUGCUAUAACUGGAGACGCAGGAGCCAUGAUUAGUUCUACUUUCAAUUUAAUAUCUACUGACAAUUAUUGAUGUACAUCACAAUCUUUUAUAUGUGUAGAAAUUAUAAUAAACAAUAAAUAAAUCAUCAGCAGGAGAACUUCCUCUCUUAGGUGGUAUUUUCCCUUAUUUCUGUUUGGUAAAAUGAUGAAAAGC